UCUUCCUGGUUGGGCCCUGCCCUGAGCUGCCGCCGGGGAAACAAGCCGCAGGGACCGCAGCGACCCCCCCAAGCACCCCUCCCCCAGGAUGGCUGAGGAGAUCAUCACACCGGUGUACUGCACUGGGGUGUCUGCCCAAGUGCAGAAGCAGCGGGCCAAGGACCUAGGCCUAGGCCGCCAUGAGAAUGCCAUCAAGUACCAGGGCCAGGAUUAUGAGCAGCUGCGGAUGCAGUGCCUGCAGAGUGGGGCCCUCUUCCGCGAUGAGGCCUUCCCCCCAGUGCCCCAGAGCCUGGGCUACAAGGAACUGGGUCCCAAUUCCUCCAAGACCUAUGGCAUCAAGUGGAAACGUCCCAUGGAGCUGCUGUCAAACCCCCAGUUCAUCGUGGAUGGAGCCACCCGCACAGACAUCUGCCAGGGAGCACUGGGAGACUGUUGGCUCCUGGCUGCCAUCGCCUCCCUCACCCUCAACGACACCCUCCUGCACCGAGUGGUUCCACAUGGCCAGAGCUUCCAGAAUGGAUAUGCUGGCAUCUUCCAUUUCCAGCUGUGGCAAUUUGGGGAGUGGGUGGACGUGGUAGUGGAUGACCUGCUGCCCACCAAGGACGGGAAACUGGUGUUCGUGCACUCUGCCCAAGGCAACGAGUUCUGGAGUGCCCUGCUCGAGAAGGCCUAUGCCAAGGUGAACGGCAGCUAUGAGGCCCUCUCAGGGGGCAGCACCUCAGAGGGCUUUGAAGACUUCACAGGUGGGGUCACCGAGUGGUAUGAACUUCGCAAGGCCCCUAGUGACCUCUACCAAAUCAUCCUUAAGGCACUGGAGCGAGGAUCUCUGCUGGGCUGCUCCAUUGACAUCUCCAGCAUUCUGGACAUGGAGGCCGUCACCUUCAAGAAGCUGGUGAAGGGCCACGCCUACUCUGUGACUGGGGCGAAGCAGGUGAACUACCGGGGCCAGAUGGUGAACCUGAUCCGGAUGCGGAACCCCUGGGGCGAGGUGGAGUGGACGGGAGCCUGGAGCGACAGCUCCUCGGAGUGGAACAAUGUGGACCCUUAUGAACGGGAGCAGCUCCGGGUCAAGAUGGAGGACGGGGAAUUCUGGAUGUCAUUCCGAGACUUCUUGCGCGAGUUCACCCGCCUGGAGAUCUGCAACCUGACACCGGACGCGCUCAAGAGCCGCACCAUUCGCAAAUGGAACACCACGCUCUACGAGGGCACCUGGCGGCGGGGGAGCACGGCGGGGGGCUGCCGGAACUACCCAGCUACCUUCUGGGUGAACCCCCAGUUCAAGAUCCGGCUGGAGGAGGUGGAUGACCCAGAUGAUUACGGGGAUCGCGAGUCUGGCUGCAGCUUCGUGCUCGCCCUCAUGCAGAAGCACCGCCGCCGGGAGCGCCGUUUUGGCCGCGACAUGGAGACCAUCGGUUUCGCGGUCUAUGAGGUCCCUCCAGAGAUGGUGGGCCAGCCGGCCCUGCACUUGAAGCGUGACUUCUUCCUGGCCAACUCGUCCCGGGCACGCUCGGAGCAGUUCAUUAACCUGCGGGAGGUCAGCACCCGCUUCCGCCUGCCGCCCGGGGAGUACGUGGUGGUGCCCUCCACCUUCGAGCCCAACAAGGAGGGCGACUUCGUGCUGCGCUUCUUCUCAGAGAAGAGCGCUGGGACCCAGGAGCUAGACGACCAGGUCCAGGCCAAUCUCCCCGACGAGCAAGUGCUCUCAGAAGAGGAGAUUGACGAGAACUUCAAGGCCCUCUUCAGGCAACUGGCAGGGGCGGACAUGGAGAUCAGUGUCAAGGAGCUGCAGACCAUCCUCAACAGAAUCAUUAGCAAGCACAAAGAUCUGCGGACCAAGGGCUUCAGCAUGGAGUCGUGCCGUAGCAUGGUGAACCUCAUGGAUCGUGAUGGCAACGGGAAGCUGGGCCUGGUGGAGUUCAAUAUCCUGUGGAACCGCAUCCGGAAUUACCUGACCAUCUUCCGGAAGUUUGACUUGGACAAGUCAGGCAGCAUGAGUGCCUAUGAGAUGCGGAUGGCCAUCGAGUCUGCAGGCUUCAAGCUCAACAAGAAGCUGUAUGAGCUCAUUAUCACUCGCUACUCCGAGCCUGACCUGGCCGUCGACUUCGACAACUUUGUGUGCUGCCUGGUGCGGCUGGAGACCAUGUUCCGGUUUUUCAAAACUCUGGACACAGAUCUGGAUGGAGUCGUGACCUUUGACUUGUUUAAGUGGUUACAGCUGACCAUGUUUGCAUGAGGCAGAGGCUCAGGCCCCCCUUGCUGUGCCCCUCUCCUUCCUGUCUGCCAAGCCACGCCCUCCUGCCACACCACACCGGGCUGUGCCAGCUGCAAGUGCCUUCCUUGGAGCAGGGAAGUGGCUUUGUGCUCCCGUCCCUUCUCAGCCGCCACUGCUUAUCUGUCCCGGGCAGAGCUGUGUGGCCUCCCUGCCUGCGCCAGCUACGGCCCCAGGAUGGACUCCCCUGGCCCCUCCUGUCAGCAUGCCACAAGGCGGCUUCCGCUUAUUCCCGCCUCAGGGCAGGACUUCAGGGGGAACUGACAGCCCCAGGUCCCCCUGAUGUGUCCCCUCCUCUCACUCCAGAGGCCACCCACCUGGCCUCCCACCCACCUGGCCUCACCUGCAGACUUUAAGCUAUAACCACUAGCUCCGCACAGGCUGCAAUCUAGGCGUGCGGAGCCCCCUCCCGGCUGGGAUAGCCCCUGGAGCUGGGAACGCCUGUGCCUUCCUGUGCAGCAGGCAGUGCCCCCUCUGCCCCACAGCCCUGCCCUGCCGGACCACCAGGAGCUGCCCAGCCUGAAGGGUGGUCAGGCCUUCCCUUCCUCCUUUUUUAUAUUGGUGAUUUUAAAAGGAACUCUUCUGGGACUGGUGUACUGGUUAUGGGGGUGCCAGAGGCACUGGGCGUGGGGUGGGGAGGUCCCAUGUUUCCAUGCAGUGGAACCCCAAAUAAUAAAGAAAAAGGCCUCAUAUUUA